AUGGAGACAUCCGAAUACACUACUGGAUGGCGUCUGUUUGCCUUGACAAUUGCACUGGGGAUGGCUAUAUUCCUUGUGGCCGUCGACACGACCAUCGUCUCAACGGCGAUUCCGAGCAUUUCAUCGGAGUUCAGGUGUAUUUCCAGCAACAGCUGGUACUCCUCUGCAUUCCUUUUGACCAAGGUCGCAACCCAGGCCCCCUGGGGUAAAAUCUACCGGUACCUUCUACUCAAGGGUUGCUAUCUGGCUUCGAUGAACCCUGUCACGCUGAUUGUCGGACGGGCAUUGGCCGGAGCUGGUGUUGCCGGCGUUGCUGUCGGUGCAUACACGAUCCUUGUAGUGAGCACAACUCCCAGAACAAGAUCAGCGCUGACGGAGGUAUUUGGAGUAAGUUAUGCUGUUGCCAGCUUCGUUGGUCCGCUGCUUGGGGGCGUGUUCACUAGUGCUAUUGGCGGAGUGACACUUGGGGGUUGCUUUGCUUGUAUUCUCCUCACCCCCUCCCCUAAGAGCAAUGCUCCCGAGGCUGCAUCAUGGCUGUCAAUCUUAAAGCAUCUUGGUCUCCUUGGUGUCGUCUUUAUUAUCGGAGGGGCCUUGAAAGCAUGGAGUGAUCCGCAUGUCGUUAGUACCGUUGUUGGAUUUGGAGUGCUUGCCAUUAUAUUUUGCUGCCAUGAGUGGUUUCUUGGCGAUACUGCUCUGAUCCCCCCCGGACUAUCCGCCAGUGCGUCUGGAGUACGCACCGUUCCACUCGUAUUGGUAUGUGGUCUUCUAUCCACACUCUCGGGCGUCUAUAUGUCGACCAUCGGGUAUGAAAUGCCUACGAUGCUUGUCGGGGGUGAUUUUACGGCCGUCGCAUGCGGAACAUUCACUAAACUUAGCGAGAGCUCCAGUUCAUCAUCCUGGAUUGGCCUGCAAGUGCUAGCAGGCACGGGGGUCGGCAUUGGCCGGCAGGUUCCGAUGAUAGUCAACCCGGCGACGGUGAAGUCGUCCAAGCUAACUUCAACCACGGCAUUAACCCUAUAUUUUUUCCAGAUGACUGGUGGAUCGAUCUUUCUUCAGCUAGCACAAUUGCUGCUUGCAAACACACUCAUCUCGUAUCUAGCACAACACCUAGCAGUUUAG